AUGGGGCUCUAUGGGGUCUCUAUGGGGCUCUAUGGGGGCUCUAUGGGGUUCUAUGGGGUUCUAUGGGGGUUCUAUGGGGUUUUAAUGGGGUUCUAUGGGGUUACAAUGGGGCUCUAUGGGGGUUCUAUGGGGUUACAAUGGGGCUCUAUGGGGUUCUAUGGGGUUACAAUGGGGCUCUAUGGGGUUUUAAAGGGGUUCUAUGGGGUUACAAUGGGGCUCUAUGGGGGUUCUAUGGGGUUACAAUGGGGCUCUACGGGGUUCUAUGGGGUUACAAUGGGACUCUAUGGGGGUUCUAUGGGGUUACAAUGGGGCUCUAUGGGGUUCUAUGGGGACAUCGCGGGGCUCUAGGGGGCUCUAGGGGGCUUCUAUGGGGUUCUAUGGGGGUUCUAUGGGGUUUUAAAGGGGUUCUAUGGGGUUUUAAAGGGGUUCUAUGGGGUUACAAUGGGGCUCUAUGGGGGUUCUAUGGGGUUACAAUGGGGCUCUAUGGGGUUCUAUGGGGUUACAAUGGGGCUCUAUGGGGGUUCUAUGGGGUUACAAUGGGGCUCUAUGGGGUUCUAUGGGGUUUUAAAGGGGUUCUGUGGGGUUACAAUGGGGCUCUAUGGGGGUUCUAUGGGGUUACAAUGGGACUCUAUGGGGUUCUAUGGGGUUUUAAAGGGGUUCUAUGGGGUUAUAUGGGGUUCUAGAGGGUUGUAUGGGUGUUAUAUAGGGGUUCUAUGGGGGUUCUAUGGGGUUUUAAAGGGGUUCUAUGGGGUUUUAAAGGGGUUCUAUGGGGUUACAAUGGGGCUCUAUGGGGUUUUAAAGGGGUUCUAUGGGGUUACAAUGGGGCUCUAU